AUGAGUCGUGUGAUGUUCGGUGCGAGUGUGCACUCAGUUGAUGAGAUGUCGCCGAGGAGUAUUGUCUUGGAUCCGACGCUCUCAACAAGCACUUCGACGCCCAUCGUCUCAGCGGCUCGAGGCAGGUCCCGGCCAUCGCAAACGGGCUCUUCAGCAUGGCCUCCUUCCAACAUUAAAGUCGCCGACGGUGAGACUGCAUCGUCAUCGUUCCUACAGUAUCUUCGAGAAACUAUUCACCCAUAUGUGGGAUCAACAUCGUUCACCGAAGGCUCGACCCACGACCGGCUUCUUGAUAUAGACCAACCGGAACCCAGGCCUGAGCUGAUUGCGAAUUUGUCAUAUGAUUGUUCUGCGUUGUUUGAACACUACUUGGAAGCCACGAGUGGACUCCUCGAUCUAUUCACAGCUGAUGAAAUAGACACGAUCAUCACUCAGUUGAGGUCAUCCACGCAGCCCAUGCCGUUCAUCUCAAACAACGAUGAAGACGCCGCUGGGCUGCAUAUAGCUCUCGCCAUUGGAGCACAAGUACAUGGUGCAGCUGCCGAGCUCAAAGACGUCUCAGCCACUUACUUCUGCCGCGGCCGCCAAGUCGCCUUUGACAGCAUGCUCGGGUCACAGAGCCUUGGAAUGAUCCGGCUAUUCACUCUGCUUGCGGUGUAUAUGAUCGGAGCCUGUCAAAGAGAUACGGCAUGUAUGUACUUGGGCGUAGCCGCGAAGGCGGCUACAGUUCUUGGUUUGCAUAGGCCGGACAGCUAUCACAACCUUGCCGGAGACGAUGCCGCAGCAAGAACUCGUAUCUGGAACAGCCUGCGCAACGUUGACAUCCUGUCCAGCUUCAUCUUUGGCAGACCGAAGAGUAUUCCCACUGUACGACAGACUUUCGGCCUAACGCAUGUUUCUAUCGACUGCGCGGGCCAGGUUCAAUCUGCAUUCACCGCCAUUGCCGCAGGUUGCUCGUUGCUGGAGGAGAUCGUCGAAAGGCUCAGUUACGGGAAGAUUCUCCACGUUCCCACCGCCGAGACCCUUCUUGCCAACCUGCGAGGGUGGACCUCAUCCCUACCUCCUGUGCUACGAAGAAUUACUUUCAGCAAUGUAUCGGCUGCGUCGCCGGCCGCUCGAUUCGCUGUUUCACCACCGGAACUUGAAGGUCAAACUACCAUCCGAACCCCCAGAUCUGAUGACCGCCAGACGCUUACAGGAAGUCUACACGUCUCAUGCGUGUACUACUUUUGUGUGAUUUUAAUCACUCGUCCAUUCUUGAUCGCCUACCUCCUGUCACGUCUCCGUGGACGCGCCCCGGACCAGUUGAUCUCCGACCCCGCGGAAGCGUCCGAUAUGGCCAUCAAGAAUAGCACUGUCUCGAAAAUGGCCCAAGUCUGUGUCAGUGCUGCCAUACACACAGCCGACACCUGUGCCAGUGCCAAGGCCAAUGGAUUUCCCUUUGGCAAUCUCUGCUUACUCAAGGCAUGGGUCUUCGGUGCAGGUCUGGUCCUGGGCUUUAGCAAGUUUGCUGGCGAGCCCCGCAAAGAUAUAGAUCGCUCAUUUGACCACGUAUGUGACAUCUUGAACGACAUCGCGGCAACAAGCCCACAAGCCAGAUUGUAUGGCGAUAUUCUAGAGUCGCUGCGCGAGGCGGUUGCCAAAUGGCACAACCGAGUCACCUGCGAAGUCAAGCGAACUGUACAGGAGUACAUGGACAACAUUUUAGAGAUCGAAGGCUCGUCGACCCUGGCUAGUGCGUCGCGGUCGCAGAACUCCAACAUCGCCGGCCACCGAAGAGCCUUCGAGUCGCAGGAUCCAACCAAUGCAGGCGAACUGAACGAUCCUUGGGCUGGCAGUACACCGCUAUCGAGUUCAGAGGUGCUCCACCAUCUUGGGUUUGGGGAUAUGUCGAGCGAAUACGGCUACGACUUGAUGUUCAACUUUGAGCCGUUUGAGAAACUAUUCUACAGCGUCGAAUAA